UGUUUUGAAGCAAUUUUUUCAUUGAUGAUAGGUUAAGAAAAAGGGAAAAUGGUUCAUCAGUUAUAUUUGAACCUUACAUUAUAAUUCCAUUUUUUCCCCCAAAAUGUAAGCAUUUUAGGUAGCAACUGCUUUCUCCAAGUUCCUUCCUUUCUCUUUGCUUCUUGGAAAAAAAAAAAAAAAGCCUACUUCUUUCAUCGAUCUUCUUCUUAUAUCUCAUCAUGUCUGCUAAAUCCAAGACUAGUUUAUCUGAUACUCCUAGCAAGACUUCACCAGCAACACCUAGAGUGGCAAGUAAAGUGAGUAGGGGACUGGUCAAACCAGAGCCUGGUUCGCCUUCUCCCUUGCAGAGUACUAGUCAUUCGGUUGAUCGAUCGCAAAGACUAUCUCUUAACUCGAAGCCUACAGUUGAUCAUAGAUCACCGAAGGUUGCCACACCACCUGAAAAACUGCAACCACGGGUGAUUAGGGGAUCUCAAUUGCAGUUUCAGUUGAACUUGGUUCAAGAGGAUUUAAAGAAAGCAGAGGAGAAAAUAUCAUUGAUCGAGAAAGAGAAAGCACAAGCAAUUGAUGAACUAAAAGAAGCACAAAAAGUGGCUGAAGAAGCAAAUGCAAAGCUUAGAGAGGCUUUGGUUGCACGAAAGCAAGCUGAAGAGAGCUCCGAGAUUGAGAAGUUUCGGUCUGUUGAGUUGGAACAGGUGGGAACGGAAGCUGCUCAAAAGAAAGAUGAAGAAUGGCUAGAAAUUGAAUCUGUGAGGAACCAACAUGCUUUGGAUUUGGCUGUUCUUGCCUCGACCACUUAUGAACUUCAAAGGGUGAAGCAGGAACUAGCCAUGACUUGUGACACGAAGAACCAAGCAUUGGACCAUGCUGACGGUGCUACCAAGAUUGCUGAAAUCAAUGCUGAGAAAGUGGAAAUUCUCUCAGCUGAAUUGGUUCGGUUGAAGUCAUUGCUUGAUUCAAAACGUGAAAGAGAGGUUAACGAACAGAAUGAAAUGGUGUCGAAGCUUAUGGAAGAGAUAGAAUCAUUGAAACACAAACUUGGGAAAGCAAAGGUCUACGAAGAGGAGUUGGUGGAAAAGGAGGCUUUCAUUGAACAACUUAAUGUUGAUCUAGGAGCUGCGAGAAUGGCUGAAUCUUAUGCACAUAACAUAAUAGAGGAGUGGGGAAAUAGGAUUGAAGAAUUAGAAAUGCAGAUUGAGGAAGCAAAGAAGUUAGAAAGAUUUACAUUGGAAUCUUUGGACUCGGUCAUGAAACAACUAGAGAGCAAGAAUAAUUCAUUGCAAGAUGCGGAAUCCGAAAUUGUUGCUCUUAAAGAAAAGGUGAGGCUAUUGGAAAUGACGAUUGGUACAGAAAGAAGGGAUCUCGAGGAAUCAGAACAUCAGAUUAUUAUGGCUAAGAAAGAAAAUGUGGAAAUGGCGAAUUUGGUUGAGUCUCUAAAGUCCGAGUUAGAAACACUGAAAGAAGAAAAGACCCGAGCUCUAAAUAACGAGAAGGUUGCAGUUUCGAGUGUCCAAACUCUUUUAGAAGAGAAAAACAAACUCAUUAACGAGUUGGAAGAUUCUAGGGAUGAGGAAGAGAAGAGCAAGAAAGCAAUGGAAAGUUUAGCUUCGGCCUUGCAUGAAGUUUCUGCGGAAGCUAGGGAAGCUAAGGAGAAGCUGUUAUCUCGUGAAACAGACAACGAAAAUUACGAGACUCAGUUAGAGGAACUAAGGUUGUUCUUGAAAGCAACAGAUGGGAAGUACGAAACCAUGCUUGAUAAUGCGAAAAAUGAGAUUGAUCUUCUCACAAAUACCAUUGAACAAUCCAAGAAUCAAUAUCAGAAUUCCAAAAUCGAGUGGGAAGAAAAAGAACUGCAUUUAGUAGAUUGUGUAAAAAAAUCGGAUGAAGAAAAAACGUGUCUGGAAAAGGAAAUUAAUAGGCUGGUAAAUUUGCUGAAACAAUCCGAGGAAGAAGCUUCUGUAUCUGAGGAAGAAGCUCAGUUGAAGGAGAACCUAAAGGAAGUUGAAUCGAACGUGAUUUAUCUGCAAGAAGCAGUAAAGGAAGUCAAGAUUGAGAGCAUGAAAAUGAAGGAGAGUAUGUUGGAUAAAGAAACCGAGUUGCAGAGUGUCAUUCAAGAAAAUGAGGAACUUCGUGCUAGGGAAGUUGCGUCGCUUAAGAAAGUUGAGGAGUUGUCUAAGUUGUUAGAAGAAGCUAUGAUAAAAAAGCAAAGCGAGGAAAAUGGUGAGCUAACCGACAGUGACAAGGACUAUGAUUUGUUGCCUAAGGUGGUUGAAUUCUCGGAAGAGAACGGGCAUGGAAGUAAAGAAAAGCCUGUGUUAGAGAUCCUAUCGGAGCGUCCUGAGGAGCCCAAAAAUGAAAACUCCCAAAAGUUAAACAAUGGCUUGAAAGAUGAGGCUCUUCAAGCAAAUGAAAUGGAGAAUGUGAAUGGAAAAGUAAAGAAAGAAGAUGAAAGAAAAGUAAAGGAUGAUCCGGUCGAAUUUAAGAUGUGGGAAAGCUGCAAAAUCGAAAAGAAAGAAUUCUCACCAGAAGGAGAACCUGAACAAGAAGAAUCCUUUGAUGAAGAAGGCGAGUCAAAGGUGGAUGGUAGCGAGGGCUUUGAUGAAAUAAACAUUUCAACAGAAAUCAUGGACAAUGGUGGAAACUCACCAUCAAAGCAGCAGCAACACAAAAAGAAGAAGCCUUUACUCCAUAAAUUCGGGAGCCUACUGAAGAAGAAAGGAAGUAGCAACCAGAAGUAGAAACCAGCCGUGGCCAUGGCUCAUAGCCCUACAAGCAGGCAGGUAUUUAGGAUAUAAUUAUCUUGCAGCUGACUGUGUGUGGGUUCAUUGGUUUUGCUUAAUAUUUUCUCUAUAGGAUUAGUCUCUUAACUACUUUAUUUCCUAAUUUUAGAAUAUUUUAAAUUCAUGAAAAACAUGGCAACUCAAGCCUUAUUUCAAUUUGUUUUCUUCAUGUUUAUCAUUGAAACUAAACUUUAUGACAUACACCAUUGCUAAAA